AUGAGUGUGGCGUCAACGGCGGCGUACGCUGCUCGGCGGGCAGCGCAGCGGGAGCGGGUUCGGAUCCUCUACCGGAAGGCUCUGAAAGACACUCUGAACUGGGCAGUCCACCGUCACCUCUUCUACGAAGAUGCUGACAAUCUUCGGGCGAGGUUUGAGGUGAAUAGAGGAGUGGAAGAUCCUGACACAAUUGAUAGGCUCAUUGCUGAUGGUGAGGCACAAUACAAUAAGUGGCGACAUCCUGAUCCUUACAUAGUUCCAUGGGCUCCUGGUGGUUCUAAGUUCACUCGAAACCCAACUCCGCCUGAAGGGAUUGAGAUCGUCUACAAUUAUGGCCGAGAAGAUAAUGACUGA